CGCCGCCCAGAGGAUCAGCUCCGCCCUCCGAGUAGCGCGGUAAAUUCGACUGUCCGACACUGGACCCGUGUGGGAUCCGCGGAAGUGGACGCGCCUUUACUAUAACGGUUGAAGUUGCUACACCAAGAGCAGACAGUCAUAUCAGUGGAGAGUUUCUUUCCUGGGACACGGUUGCGCUGAACUAUUUUAGUAAGUGUAUUGAUUUAUUGCGACAUUCACAGCAAACAUAGGCCUUUGUGGUUUUUUUAAAUCAUCAUGUAUAAUGAUUGCAAUGACGUUGUUUGAUAUUAGGACUUUUGUGCAACAUGCUAUUGUUAACUGAGUGGUGAUUAUCAUGUAGCCCAUUUGAUUUAAAAUGGGAUAGUCUUUUCGGCAGAAUAUGUUAUGGUAUUGUGAUAAAGACUGGAGUGGUCUGUUUUAAUGUGUCGCUGUUAUCCAUAUGUAGCUUAUGUUAGCAGCAUGUAGCUGCUAGCUAGCAUGCUGCUAGUCGCGAUUGCAUCAUUCGCAAGUAUUGAUAAUGCCUAUAUAUAGCUAUAUGUUUGAUUUCACGUUUUCGAUGCAAACCUAUAGCUGAUAAAUUGGCGCUGGUAUUUCAGUCAAUGAAGUGGGGUCAAUAUUACAGUCAGUGAACCACGAGUCUGCACGUGUUAGCUUCUAGCUAGCUGUACAUUGUUAAGUUUGGUCUCGUGUAGCGUCUAUCUGCCAUCCUCUUUAUAAUGAAAAUCAAGCGUCGGCAUUGUAAUCACUGUUUAAGUCGGUUCAGACAACUAAUGGGUAUUGGUGCCUGUUUGAACGUCAAGAAGUACGGGCUUAUCUGCUAAUGGUUGCUACCGACCAUUACCUUGAAACCAUUCAGCAAAUACACAGUACAUAUGGUGAUUUAACAUCACCGCUCAUUUUACACACAGUUUAAAAUGAGCGGCUAGUAAUGAGUGAACAUUACUUGCUAGCUAGCUACGUUUUUCAUGUUGGUUUUGAGCGGUGUGCACCCCCACUAACCUAGAAAAUGGUUUUAAAACAGUAACAUUAGCUAGCUAGCUAAUACGGGGGAAUGCGCCAUGCAGGGAGUCAGAGGCAGAGGGACAGUCAUCGCAGCGUUAGCUUCUUGUUUCAUCUGGGGUCUAGUUUGUAGCAAUGAAACAGACAACACCACUAUUCAACAAUGUUUUUAUUUAAAUACAACAUUAGAAAUGAUAACUUUUACACACCUGAUCAACAUGUUUUUCUGAAAUGUCUCUUUUAGAACAACAAUGAAUAGAAAGACUGAGCCUGUCUCCUUAUCAACCUUAAGACGAAGGACACGCGUAGACGUUCAAAAAAGGCUUAAUCAAAUAUGGACAGACUUGACUGACAUAGACAUGACAGGAACAGGGGUAGAUGACAGAGUUCUUUCUGAGGACACUGCCCCACCCUCUUCAGCUGCACAUGCAAUGCCAGAGGUGCAAGUUGUUACUGAAGAUGACAUGGAAUUGGAGGCAGAUUUUGAUGAUGUGUACAUUACUCUGGAUGAAAAUUUGCUGAUGCCUUUUCAUCUAAUUGAAUUUCAAGCAAGCAAGGACAUUGCUGUUGUGCCAGUUGACUGGUAUGAUGACGGGAUGGUGUACUGGCCCAGCUUUAAGAGCACUGAACGUGUGAAACGGACAGCUGCUAACGAGGAGAAGCAUGAGCCAAACUGGCCAAGAUAUGACGUAAAGGUCAUCAGAACUUGUGACAACUACAAAGACGCCAUCAGGCUAAUGAAUCAAUAUCAGACCGGCUGCAACGCCUCUAAGCUACAGUCUGAGGCAGAGCAGGAGGGUGAGCUGCCAGAGAAACGAGUCAGGAAGCCAAUCCAUCGGUUUGGGGACUCUGAUGAGAGUGAAGAAGAGCCAGAAAAUUGUGACUUAGCUUCUCUGAGGUCGCCACGACCUUCCAACUCGGCUGGUGUAUCAGUUGGAGCCUCAAGCCCAAACCAAUUACACUGGCAGACUCCACUAUCUCGCCGAGUGCCAGGCAGCAGAGUCACUACUCCUCAACCUGGAGGAAACUGUCUAGCACCUGACCAUGGGGCCGGACUGCAACACCCUUCACCACCUCAACUCCCUGCACCUGCAUUUAACAUGAGGAGGGUUACUCAAGGAACGGCAAUCCCUCCUCAACUCACUCCACCCCCCUCACCGGCCCUCAACAUGAGGCGAACAGAGGAGCCCUCUUCAAGCCUGGCCUACAGACCAACAUGGCGAGGGGGAGGAAUGACCGAUACCAUUCCCUGCUCUGCGGCUGAGGUCCACAUCCUUAGCCUGCUGGAGACCAUUAAACAGCAACAAGACCAACUUGUGGCAAAGGUGAACGACCUCAGCAGCAGGCUGAACAGCAACCCGGGGCCAGAUGUUGAGAUGCCGGACAAUAUCCAGUUUCCCCUGGAACAAUUGGAGGCAGUGGAGGCAUUUGAAAUGUUUUUAAAGGAACCGUCAAAUGGCCCAGCUCGACAGAGAGUGAUUUCUUCUUUGGCCACCAUUGGAGGUCAGGAUGUGAAGAGAGUGACCUGGAACAUCCUGGCCAGGCUCUUCACAGAUGAGGUAUCUCAUCAGAUAAACUGGAAGGGUGUUAAUAACAAAAAGUCCUUCAGUAGGAUGGCAACGAAGAUCUUGCUUUUCAGUGCUGUGAGGAAAAACACAGCGACACGGUCAGCCACGGACGCAGAGGUCACCAGGCACGCAAUCAGGUGGUUCAACCUGGCAGCGGAUCGGGCAACGAGGAGACGUGUCCUGCCUCAAGCCACACAAACAGAGUAA